CUCCUCUCGCCGCCGCCCGCGCCGCCCAUCUGCCGCCCGCCGGUCGCCGGUACAGCGGCAAUGCCCCUCAGCCCUACCGCGGCCCCCGGCCCGCCCAGCUAGCCCCGCGCCGGGACUCUCGGAGCAGCGAUGGGCAACACGGUGCACCGAACCCUGCCAGACUCCAGCCCUCCUGCACGCCUCCUGUCCACCCGGCCUUGCUAUGGCCCUGGUCCUGAGAGGCGAGCGGUCCUGGGCGAGGCACCACGCUUCCACGCGCAGGCCAAGGGCAAGAACGUGCGGUUGGACGGCCACUCGCGCAGGGCUACACGGCGCAACAGUUUCUGCAACGGAGUCACCUUCACACAGAGGCCCAUCCGCCUGUAUGAGCAGGUGCGCCUGCGCUUGGUGGCCGUGCGUCCUGGCUGGAGCGGUGCCCUGCGCUUUGGCUUCACUGCGCAUGACCCGUCGCUCAUGAGCGCACAGGACAUCCCCAAGUACGCCUGCCCGGACCUGGUCACAAGGCCUGGAUACUGGGCCAAGGCGCUGCCUGAGAACCUGGCUCUGCGGGACACGGUGCUGGCCUACUGGGCCGAUCGCCAUGGCCGCGUCUUCUACAGUGUCAACGAUGGUGAGCCGGUGCUGUUCCACUGUGGCGUGGCCGUGGGAGGCCCACUCUGGGCACUCAUUGACGUCUAUGGCAUCACUGAUGAGGUGCAGCUGCUGGAGAGCACCUUCGCGGACACACUGACACCCCUGCGCCUGGGCCAGGCCCGCCUCAGCGCCUGUCCCCCUCCUGGCAGCCACGACACCGCCAACUUUGACAACAAUGAGCUGGAGAACAACCAGGUGGUGGCCAAGCUGGGUCAUCUGACUCUCGGCCGUCCGGACGCCGCCGUCCCGUGCGUGGCCCGCGAACGCGCGCGACCCGCCUCGUCACCCGCGCUGCUGGACGCCGAGCUGCGCUUCCACGCCACACGCGGCCCCGACGUGAGCCUGUCUGCCGAUCGCAGGCUGGCCUGCGCGCCCCGACCGGACGGCGGUCGCACGCUGGUGUUCUCCGAGCGGCCGCUGCGGCCCGGCGAGAGCCUGUGCGUGGAGGUGGGCCGGCCGGGCCUGGCGGCACCCGCGGCUGUGGCCUUCGGCAUCACGUCGUGCGAUCCUGGCGCGCUGCGGCCAUCCGAGCUGCCCGCCGACCCUGCGGCGCUGCUGGACCGCAAGGAAUACUGGGUGGUGGCGCGUGCCGGGCCGGUCCCCAGCGGCGGCGACGCACUCAGCUUCACCCUGCGGCCGGGCGGCGACAUACUACUGGCGGUGAACGGGCGCCCGCGGGGACGCCUGCUGUGCGUGGACACCUCGCAGGCGCUCUGGGCUUUCUUCGCGGUGCGCGGCGGAGCGGCGGGCCAGCUGCGCCUUCUGGGUACCCUGCAGUCCGGUCCGGAGACCACAACUCCAUCGGGGUCCUUCAGCGGCUCCCAGGAUGACAGUGAUUCAGAAAUGACCUUCGGUGUCAACCAGUCUUCCUCAGCAUCAGAGUCAUCUCUGGUGACAGCCCCCAGCUCCCCACUGAGUCCCCCAGUGUCCCCAGUCUUCUCUGCACCUGAACCAGCAGGCAGCAGGAAUGGAGAGUGUACAGUGUGCUUCGACAGCGAGGUGGACACGGUCAUCUACACGUGUGGACACAUGUGCCUCUGUCACAGCUGCGGCCUGCGGCUCCAAAGGCAGGCACGGGCCUGCUGUCCCAUCUGCCGGCGGCCCAUCAAGGAUGUCAUCAAGAUCUACAGGCCGUAGCUAUGCAGCGGGCUUGGUCUAGGCGAGGUCACCUUUCUGAAGCCCCUGUUAGGUGGGCGACACCAUGGCUAUCAGGGAGCCCAAGGUCAGGAGCCAUCUCUCAUCUGCCACUCGCAGUGAUGAGCAAGGCAGGACAGGUGUGGAGGUGGGGUCCUGGGGGCCAGAGCCCAGGCAGACAUUGCUUCUGGCUCAAACACAUGUUGCCCCCAAAAGCCUGUCCCAAGAUUCAGCUCAGGAACUGCCUAGCAGAUCACCUGCCUCUCCUCGGUGACCUUCAGCUGGGAAAGGGUGCCCUCUGUCUGUGCAAUGCUUGUUUGGGGUGGGGUUGAGUGUGUGUGCGUGCGUCGGGGUGGGGGGAGACAGCCCAGAGAAUGAGUGAGAGAGAAUGAGUGAGAGCGCGUGCGUGGAAGUCUUAUGCAGGGAUCCGUCGUCUCCGGGAGGGUAUUUAACACUAAGGAAUGUGCAAUCCGGGCCCAGAGGUUAAUGUGACGGAUGUCCACUUUCUGGGGAUGUGGUUUUCUGCGACGAGCUAGCUUUGAACACAGGAUGCCUGAACCUACACAGAACUCCUUCAAUGGCAUAGAAAGAAGCACUCACAUUUUCUAAGGGAAAGCAAAAAUAGCUCACUGUUUACAGCUCCAAGCAGCAGCUCCUGCUGAGGGGGAAGGUGGGCGGGGACAUCAGAGCACAGGUGGCUUUCACUGCUUCCUCAGAGGGGGAGUCUUCCCCGUGGCAGCCCAGGACAGGUGUCCCCGGCUCUAGCACCCUGGAUUGUUUCAUCCCCACCCAGCAAAACAGCGAGCUCCUUGCCCCUCACCAUCCCUACCUGCUCUGGAGUCUUGUAAUGCCCCUCCUGUGUUCUGGGGCAACUCCAUAACUCCCCUGGUAUAAUUAAGGUGAGCUGUGGGCAUGUCCCAAUGGCCAGCUGGCAGAAGUUAGAAGACCCGGCUCCCUAUCUGGACCUCGUCCCGAUCCUUUCUUUCUCCUGUUGACUCUUACAGUGUGAACUAAUAUGCUUGUCAGAUACCUGUGAAGCACUGACUGAGACGCUCCCCACUCCUGGGUCUGUUGGCUGCCAUUUCCCAGGACCUGCCCCUCGCUGGGCCAGCCCUGUUUCUGUAGGCUCCCAGAGCUUGAGAGACAGCUUGUGAGGGGCAACUUUUUCUCACAGCUCCGAAUCUGGCCAUCUCUUGCUGUGAGGGAAGAAGAGGGGCGGAGAAACAUUCAAGAAGUGAGGUUCAUGGAACGCGCUCUGACAGGAGUCACGGACCCACCUGACAGCGGCCCAAGCCACAGGCAGUGUGCCUGGGUGGUUGGAGCC